AUGUCGCAUUGCCACGGCUUCGGCUGUAUCACUCACCUCGUGCUUCAGCCAGCACCCGAGCCCCAACCCGCCGUCUCCUCGGACCCUGUGCUCACCAGCAAGAACAGCCAGUUGUCGCUGAUUGGGGGCUCAGCCCUUGGCCCGCUAAUCAAACCAGCGCCCGUCUGCUUUUGCACAGGGUCACAGGCAAUUCAGGACUCCGAGGCACCAGUAACCUGUACCAAGCCGAGGGCCUGUUUCGAUGAUGCCACCUGCAGGUGGGGUUGA